CUUGUAGAUGGCAAUUGGACCAUCAUCCUUUACAAAACUAUGAUACGCAAUGGCAAGCUCAUAUGAGACCUUUUCGGGUAGUUUCAAGUGUGCCCUGAUCCAGUUGCACGCCAAGCCCCUCGACCCAGAACAUAACUUUGCCACUGCAUCAUCUCAUAUCCGCGAAGCCGCCUUUCAAGGAGCAUCUCUCGCUGUCUUACCCGAAUAUCACUUGACCAGCUGGGUUCCAGAAGACCCACAGUUCGCCAUCAUCGCCCAGACAGCAUACGACUAUGUCGCCAAAUAUCAGGAACUCGCCAAAGAACUCAAAAUCAAUAUUGUACCGGGCACGAUUGUAACCGUUGAUCCCAGCUCGGCCACCGCAGGAGAAUCAAAUGGCACGGGACCCGCUUCAACCAAUACUUCACCGGCUCUGCUGAAUGUGUGCCCUUUCAUCUCCUACCAGGGUGAGCUGCUUGGCUCAUACACCAAGGCCAAUCUCUGGGUUCCUGAACGCGAUGUUCUGACCUCUGGGCCGGCAUCAGUGCGUCAGAGGGCCCAUCAUACACAUGCUACCGAUGAAGGCCCGCCCAAUCCACAUACUGUGAUUGAAACCCCCUUGGGUCCUGUCGGGAUCAUCAUUUGUUGGGAUAUCGCUUUUCCUGAAGCCUGUCGCAGCCUCGUCCGUCAAGGUGCAAAGAUCAUCAUCAUCCCAACCUUCUGGACCAGAGAUGACUUGACUCCAGAAGCCCGUAACUAUGGGCCUGACGUUGAUGCUCAAUUCCUCAAGGCCGCAGUUAUUACACGAUCUUUUGAGAACACCUGCGCCAUCAUCUUUUGUAACAUUGGUGGGCCGGCCGAUGAGGGCUAUGCAGGAUUCAGCCAAGUUGUACUACCACUAGUCGGCACUGUGCCUGGAAGUUUUGACGGCCCAGAACCAGGUAUGCGUAUCGUCGAUGUGGAUAUGAGAGCUGUGGACGUUGCAGAGGAAAACUACAAGAUUCGAGAGGAUCUGGCCCGGUCAGACUGGCACUAUGGGUACAGUCAUGAAAAGUGAAAGGAGAGUCUGACUCUGACCCUGACCAUGACCCUGACCCUCAAUUUUCCCUCCAUUUAUCUGUAUAUCAUACACUCCAUUGAAUGCUGCACUCAAGGGGACAACGUAAUUAGGACUUCCCGUGCAUACAUGUAUGCUACAGUACCAGUAUGACAAUCUGCUGCAGG